CUUUCGACCCUCUGAACUGGGAACUCUGAACUCAGAAUUACAUAACUUUAAAGUUUGUUGCGUUUGAGGUACAAAGUGGGGAAAAACCUGGAUGUCUCAGUGAAAGCGUGCUUUGUUUGCAACAAGUUAGCCAGCUAAAACAGUGAUCAUAAGUUUGAUGUAUUUACUUUUUCAAAUCAGCGAGCUAUAUGGUCAGUGUUAUAGAUUUAACCAACUAAUGUCCGUUCAAGCCAGAGACGGAUUAAUGCACAGGCUAAACUAGUCUGCAGCCUAAGGCCCCACAGUACUCAGUACUCUGUUCAACGGUUUUUACUUAUAUUUUUUUAAAACCGUCUUAUCAAAUCCCACGCAUGUAUUCGAUUGAUCCGUAAUUAUUAUUUCUACAGUAGUAAUUGCUAGUGUUACUGAGGUUUUAAAAUAACAGGCAAUUGAUGACGGGUUAACGUCGCCCCUCCUUACGUCAAUUUCAGCUGUAACCUCAUUACCCUACAAAUAAAUACAGGACUGUAACCACCUUAGACAUUGAGGGGGACACGUACCCCCCCAGUAUUUGAUAUUUCUGAUGCUGCUCUGCUGCACUCUAUUAUGCACCGCUAUGUAUGUUGUUAGGAUGAAAAAAGUUUAAAAAGCUGUUAGGGUGGUCUGGCUUGGCGGUCUAGUAGUUCUCGUCAACGUUAAAAUGUCUGAGAUGGCCAGUCAAAUCAAAGAAGGCAGGCUUUACUGUUCACAGAAGCCGCAAGACACUUAAGUUUUAACUGUGCGAGGUUCAGACUGCUUCUGAAACAUUCUUCUCUGAGACUACGGUGAGCAGGUUGUGGUGCGGUGCCAUGUGUUUAAGUGGGCAGCCUCUGUGCUCAGGCAGGGGCCAUGUGCGAUCUAACUCCUCCUCUAGUGAGGGCAGCAGCUCAAGCUCUCAAUAUGCAUUCUGUGCCCUGGGUGUAGGCCUGGUGGCGCUUGGAGUGGUCAUGAUUCUGUGGAGCGUGGUGCCACUGGAGGUGCGUUGGAAUAACACAGGUGUGCAACAUGAUGGUGUUGCCAAUGAUGAUACCAAGCAGAAGACCUCAUCUGUGGCUUUUGUGCUGGUUGGGGCUGGACUGGCCUUGCUGCUGUUGGCUGUGUGCCUGGGAGUGAGAAACAAGCACAGGAGGAACAGAGGGACAACUACAGCCACUGGUACACAUUACACAGACCGUGUGCCAGGAGAAGCAGGAGAGACCUUGGCACCUGCCCCAAACUAUGAUGUGCCUAGCUAUGAUGAGGCUGUGACUAGUGGGCGUUAUCCUAUUCGCCAAAGCAACCUGCGCCAGAGUACCUCACAGCUCCCUUCUUAUGAGGACCUGGUUGCUCCAGUGGAGAAUGAAGGAGAAGGAUCAGGUGGUGCGAGCAGUCAAAAUGCUUCUUCUCCUGGCCCUCAUGUUGGCCCCCCAGCAGCUGGAACAAAUGCGCAGCCGGCCCGCAGCAGCAGCCGAGCGAGCUACAUCCUCAGACCCCUCCGCGUGCGCAGGAUUAAAUCAGAGAAGCUCCAUGUCAAAGAUAUCCAGCUGAACAUCCAGAGCCUCCCACAGGGAGGACGAGUGACCAUCGAGCCCCUGACACCUCCACCACAGUACGAGGACAAAGUGCCCGAGUUCCCCACAGAACCAGUGUGAUGGAGUGAGCUGUGUAUGAACACUGUCAUGUAAAGGUUGGUGAUGGUGGUGAUAAUAAGAAGAAGAAUAAAAGCAACAACACAACUUAUGUAGGGUAAUAUAUUUUGGUUUGUUUAAUAUAUGUUUUAUUAUUAUUAGUAGUAGUAGUGGUAGUAGUAGUAGUGGUGGUGGUGGGUUAAUGUCUAUGCUGUGGACAGACUUGCUGAGUAGCAGGCAUGUGACACUUACUGACCUCUAUUCUCAGUACAAUAGUGAUUCUAAAAGAGAUUUAUAACAGCUUACAAAGGAUCACAUGAGGUAUGACAGCCUUUUGAAUACACUAAUAAUAUAAAUAUUUGAAUUAUUCAUACCGUAAACACUGCAGCAUGUCCAGAUUUAUACUGCCCUCUAAUGUUUGUAAUGUAUAAUUGCCACCAAUCUGCUCUCUUAAGCGCUCAGUUCUCAGUUCCAUGCAGUGCAUGUUUGUGUUUUCCCUGCUCUAGCACAGCUGAUUCAGUUCAUCAGAUAAUUACCAAAACCACUAAUAAGCUUAACUGGAUGCACGGAAGCAAAAAUAUGCAAAAUGUCCAAAAUUGGCAUUACAUUGGAACAUAAUUUUUAUACCAUUUCUAUAAUAAAGGCCUGCUUUUUGUCUCUUAGCAUUAAGCAAGCCUAAUUUAAUUUGCAUUUAAAUUAAUUUGCCUUAUAAUGAUAGUCUGCUUUCAAACAGUUAUCAGGACUACUGAGUAACUGAACAUCAUAGUACAAGCAUUUAAGUCCGAACAACUCUGGCUUUAAAUUGUUUUAUUUUAGGGCUCAUUCCAAAAUGAGCAGACAAAACAUAGGAAUAACAUUCAUGAAAUGUAUCAGUCAGGAUUUAGGCCUCAUCAUAGCACAGAGACAGCACUGGUAAAAGUUGUAAAUGACUUACUACUGGCCUCUAAUCAGGGUUGUGUCUCCUUGUUGGUGCUGCUUGACCUUAGUGCAGCUUUUGAUACCAUUGAUCAUGCUAUUCUCCUUGAUAGACUAGAAAAUGUAGUAGGCGUUAAGGGAACAGCCCUUUCCUGGCUCAGGUCUUAUUUGACUGAUCGUUAUCAGUUUGUAAACGUAAAUGGUGACUUCUCAUACUAAGGUAAAGUUUGGUGUCCCCCAAGGCUCUGUUUUAGGCCCACUGCUCUUUUCUCUAUAUAUGCUACCUCUGGGUAAAAUUAUCCGUAAGCAUGGUAUUAGCUUCCACUGUUACGCUGAUGAUACACAGUUGUAUGUUUCAGCAAAGCAAGAUGACAGACACCAGCUUACUAAAGUUGAGGAAUGUGUAAAAGACUGGAUGCUUAUUAACUUUCUCUUACUUAAUUCUGACAAGACAGAGGUACUUGUACUAGGACCACAUGCAGCUAGAAGUAAGCUUUCUGAUUACAUAAUAACUCUGGAUGACCUUUCUGUUUUAUCAUGUGCAGCAGUAAAAGACCUUGGUGUGAUUAUCGACUCUAGUCUUUCUUUUAAAGCUCAUGUAGAUAAUAUAACUAGGAUUGCUUUCUUUCAUCUCAGAAAUAUUGCUAAAAUAAGAAAUAUAUUGUCACUACACGAUGCAGAAAAAUUAGUUCAUACUUUUGUUACCUCUAGGUUGAAUUAUUGUAAUGCCUUACUGUCUGGAUGUUCCAGUAGAUGCAUAAACAAGCUCCAGUUAGUCCAGAAUGCAGCAGCAAGAGUCCUUACUUGAACCAGAAGAUAUGACCACAUCACCCCUAUCUUAUCCACACUGCAUUGGCUCCCAGUCAAAUUUCGUAUUGAUUAUAAAAUACUACUAUUGACCUAUAAAGCAAUAAAUGGUCUCGCGCCACAGUACCUGAGCGAACUUUUGGUCUUUUAUGAUCCGUCACGCCUACUUAGAUCAAAAGGUGCAGGCUAUUUGUUGGUACCUCGAAUAAUGCGGGCUACAGCUGGGGGUAGAGCUUUCUCUUACAAAGCCCCACAGUUAUGGAACAGCCUUCCACUUAGUGUUCGGGGCUCAGACAGUCUCAGUGUUUAAGUCUAGGCUGAAACCAUAUUUGUUUAGUCAAGCCUUUUGUGAAUAGUUUUCUUAGGUACAGGGGCAGGUCUGGAGGGUUUCACAGGCAUAGAGUGUUGUGGUGAACUGGGAUGUUUGGAUGCUGUCGCCCCCCCACUCUCACACGUUCACUCAGGUUUGUCGACGGUGGAGUGGCUGGCUGCCUUAUGUCCCAGGGUGCCCUCAUGUCUGUGUUAGCUUCUGGCUCUCCCUUUUAGUUAUGCUGUCAUAGCUAGUCUUGCUGGAGUCCCUGCUUGCACUCUGCAUGCAAAGUACAUCGUGCUUAACCAUUAGAGGACAAAAGCUCACCUAACAAUCUCUUCCUUUCUCUCCAUCUUUCUCUCUCCCUCACUCUCUGUCGAGCUACACAUGCUACUUCUGAGAUGCCAGUGACGCCAGUGAUCCUGACCCCUUCUGCUCCUCCUCGCUGCCUGACCCAUCCUGCUGCUGCUGGGGGUGGCCCCAUAUGGAUUGCCUGAAGAACUGUUUGGAUUGCUGGGGAUGGCGCCACCUGGGGGCUGUGGAGAUGGCAUGGGGAUCACAUAUGGCGAGCUAUACUGUAAUGGCUUGGGACUGCGAUUGCUGUAGUGGCUUUGGGGCUGCAGUUGCCACGAGCAGCUUCGUACUCAGGACUCCAUCAGUGGACAGUGGAUAGAUUUUAACCAGCCGGAUUUCUUGCAAAAACUGUGAUGAAUUUAUUGGUUGCACAAUUGCACUAUUUGUCCAUAUAGUACACAAUAAUAGAAGGGAUUUAUUUAGAAUCGCACUAUCCGUUGCACCCAGAUGAGGAUGGUUUACCUUUUGAGCCUGGUUCCUCUCAAGGUUUCUUCCUCAUAUCAUCUCAGGGAGUUUUUCCUUGCCACCGUCGCCACUGGCUUGCUCAUUAGGGAUAAAUUCACAGUGAUAAAUUCAAAUAUUUACAAUAUAUUUUUGUGAAUCCAUUUAUUUCUGUAAAGCUGCUUUGUGACAAUGUCCAUUGUUAAAAGCGCUAUACAAAUAAAAUUGAAUUGAAUUGAAAAGAGCAUGAUUUCUCUCU